UGUGGUCACCUUCGAGCGUAAAGGAGUCCACCCGGUCGACAUUUUUACGGCCAUGUCUCCAUUUAGAACAUGUUUUCUCUACCGGAACCCCCACCAAGGCAACCAGCUGCAGAAGGUUCCAUUCUCUGCUCAUCUUUGGAAACUAGAGACUGACUGCAAAACUAAAGUUAGCGGUGAAGUGCAUUCCUCUGUAAGUUCACUGAUAAAAACGGUGAAAUCAAAGGACAUCUAUGACUGGAAGGUUGGACUACAUUGGAAGAUGUUUGGACUGAAUGUUGGAGGAGAACAUUAUGACUCGUAUGAUUAUGCAAAAUCCAGAAAUAGAGAAGACCAGUACACCUUCAGCUCACAUUGGCACCGUUGUUCUUUUUACAGGCACACUGUGCGCGCCAAGCCACUUCUCGACAAGGAUUUUGAGGAGGAUAUGAAAAAUCUGCCAAGAUACUAUAACUCUGCAACCAAAGACAAAUACAGAAAGUUCAUACGUACCUACGGCACUCAUUACAUCUAUCAGGUUACUCUUGGAGGACAAGUCAAACGAGUUGCAGCGACACGUACGUGUUUAUCCAAACUGAAUAGUGUCUCCGCUAGCGAAUCACGGUGGUGUUUAUCCCUGGAUCUGGAAGUGGGUCUGGGGAUGGCCAGACUAAACCCUUCAUGCUCCAAUUUCCUAAAGAACAGGGGCAUUAGGGGCUACUAUUAUGCUGGUCUGUAUGAACAGGACACAGAGGUGACGGGAGGCAAUGGUUGGAGCGGUUGGGUUUCUAACGAGUACCCCGACUCUGAGGGCUACCGUCAGUGGAAGGAAUCCCUGAAGGGCAUCCCUGUGAUUGUUAAAUUCUUCGUAAAACCACUGCAUGAUCUAGUGAAUGAUGAGGCAAGAAGUGGACUGGUAGAUGCCAUAAAUGAGUACACAAGGGACACUGACAUCACCGUUUCAGUCUUACAACGGUCCUGUAGGCGACCUACCCAUCAUAGUAACUGCUGCCCCAAACGGUUGGGGAAGGGCUGGCUGACAGUGACCAUCGUUCGAGCCUGGGGUCUGACAGGAGAUCCAUGGGGCAUCACUGAUGGGUAUAUUGAGCUAUCACAUGGUCAACAAUUCCGCAGGACCCGAAUGAUUGAGUCAAACAACCCUCGGUGGGACGUGGAGUACAAUCUGGGCUCGGUGGACAUUGGACAGAAACUGAAGCUUGAGCUCAAAGAUGACGAUUCGAUAUGGCAGGAGGCUGUUGUCGUGUUCAUGGGAUGUGACGGUAGGGUCAUACACUUUGACCUGCAGGGGCUUCAGAGGCACCUUUGA